AUGUCCCUUCGUACUCAUAACCGUCACGGGUUGCUAACAGUGCACAUACCUCCCGAGCUCGUACCAUCAAUUCUACAACAUAUUUCACCUACUCCUCCAUCUCCACUCCCAGGACCGGCUUUCAUAGAUAGGUCAUGGCAACAGUAUCGACAUGAUCUUCGUGCAUUCAUUCAGUGUGCGUUGGUCUGUCGAACUUGGUGCACUUUCACCCGCGAAAUCAUGUUGCACACCCUCAUCGUCCCAUGGCUGGAUGAGAGUAUUCUCCAGCUGUGUUCAAUUCUACGGCAAUUUGGUUCCUAUUCGCGCGUCAUGAUAAUCUUCACAAUAGACGCAGGCGAUUCAGUACGGCUGAACCGCAAUGAUUUUUGCGUUGCCUUGGACGGUUGUUUCAGUUCGAUGCCGCAAAUGCCGAAAGUGGAAAUUUAUGGCGCAAUGGACAGGAUAUUUGGGUAUUCAUUGCCAGCUGAAGUUGGGCGCUUUGAUCUCCUGUCGUUGCGCUCUCUCAAGUUGGCGGGAAGUGUGGGGCACAGUGGAAAAUCACUCCUUGAUGCUCUAGGGCGCGUUGCGCCGUUCCUGGAAACCUUGGAGAUAAUGUAUUUCGAGACAUGGCCAUUUGACCAUUCACUUCCUACCUCACUGGGAAAACUUCACAGCCUCAUCUUGCAUUGCACCUACUUGUCAGUCCCAGGGGUCAUUGACCUUCUUCGUGGACCUGACGAGGAUGGAAACAGCGGGCAGGUCCUGCAAAAGCUUGUCAUCAUCCCAGGUCGCCUUCAAAGCAUCCCGCCGCCAGAUAUCACGCCUCUGCUCACAUUCGACUCGACCGGCGAGCGUCUCCGAUUUUUAAUGAUACACGCACUUGAUCCGUGCCGUUCACUGGAAUGUUGCCCUGCUCUCGAGACAUUCGUUUACGUAUCUCCGACGAGUUCAAACAUAUUUCCGUUUUUACCUCGCACGCUUCGUCGGCUUGCUAUUUCAGUAAUGUUGCUGUCUCCUUCGAAUCGUUUUGUUGCAUAUAUCUCAUCCGAGAAUGCACGAAACCUAUUGCAUCUUGCCGUAGCUCUCAAGCAUGAUGCCGAUUUGGCGUUCACGACUACGAGCGAGUUGUUCAUCAGUGUCACGGAGGCUUGCAAAGAUGCUGGAGUGUCGCUGACCUGGAUGGUUCCGGGUAUGCUGGGGCUGGGUCUUGAGGGGUGGGAUGAUGUCACAGAGCUGUUCCAGACCGUCCAAUCCUUGCCAAGGGCUAGGCUCAAGCUGAUCUGA